AUGAAUAAUACUGAUCCACUUUGUGUUCAAUUGUUGAAAAGUCUAGUUUUGUGCAGUGAGAAAGCUGCUGUUAUAGCCCGUUUAAUUAAGCAACAAACUGGUCUUUUUCAAACGCUUAUUCAAGUGAAAGAUUCAGCAGAGGCUAACUUGAGAUUCAGUGUAGAUGUCAAGACUUUAACAGAUGUAUUAAUUCAAGAGGUUGUAAAAUACGAUCUUGGCCUACUAUUUCCUGGAUUUGGUGAUUUAGUAUUUGGGGAAGAGAAUAACCGUUUCUCUGGUAAUUCAGGUAAAACAGUCACAAUCCAACUUUCUUCCAAGGAGAAUCUUGUUAAUGUUUUUGUUGACAUUUUUGGUAAUAAUGUGAACUUUGCUAAUGAAUUGAGUGAAAUUUGUUUUCAAUCAUUGGAGUUGUUUAAAACACAAUUAUCAGUUAGUAAAAUUUGGGAGAAUCUUAUCACUAAGUGUAAUUCACUCUGUCAAAUACAAGAUAAAAGAUAUAAUGAUCCUAAAGAAUUCGGUGUAUGGAUUGAUCCAAUAGAUUCAACAGCUGACUACGCUCAAGGUCAAUUUGACAAGAUCCAUGCUUCCGCAUCAGUUGUUGAAUCUAGCACUGAAGCAGAGAGUUUAAAUCAAAUUAAUCAUUUCUUUGCAAAUCCAACAAGUUUAAUCCGUUUCUUUCGUGGUGGAUUGAUCAAUGUUACUAUACUUAUUGGAUUAUUUGAUCGUUCCACUGGUUUACCGUUAAUUGGAGUUGUAAAUCAACCAUUUUAUCUGCUUGACAACCUUUCUCAAGAUGAUAAUAGUUCAUUAGACAAUAAAGUAAAUACACUUCAUAACUAUGGUCGAAUAUUUUGGGGCUUUAAUGUGAACACUUCAGAGAACUUUUCACCUAUUAUUGGUUCAUCAAACAGAGUGUUUAGUGAAGGUAAACCAGUACUGAAACUUGCCUGUAGUUCAGUGGAAUUUAGUCGGUUGGCAAAUUUAUUUCAUAAUUACAAAGAUGAAAAUCAAGAAUUAGUCAAUGUAGUUUUAUUAUCAUCUUCAGGAGCUGGUUUUAAACAACUUUGCGUUAUAUUAAAUGAAGUAGAUGCAUUUAUUCUAAUGGAACCGAAUACAUUUGUUUGGGAUACAUGUGGUCCACAUACUAUUAUCUCAUCACUUGGUGGUGGAAUUAUCCAACUGAAAACUGCUCUUGAUUCAGUUAAAACGUUAUUACAUAAUAUUACUGAUAAUCUGGACAGUGUUCGACAGACAAUAUUGAAUGAUUUGAAUAAAUUUCAAAUCAUUUACAAUGUAUUGAAGUCACCAGAAGAGAUUCAGAUGCUCAAUUCACCUAACCUUUCAAAAUGUUGUAAUCGUAAUGGUCUAUUGGCUUAUAGAAAUCCAAUGUUAGCUAGUCAGCUACUUGUGCAUAUAGCAUUGAAUCAAAACUGA